UCACAUUUGCAGCGAUCUUUUGCAUGUACAGACAUCUGCGCUGAUGUCUGCGCAGGCAGAUCGUUGCGUGUUGACGUGCCUUUAGUGAUACUCCUUUUCAUGAAUUCACACACGUAAUUAAAACUGAGCAAUCAUAGAAAUUAUUUGUUGAAACAUGACUAUUUCGUCGGUAUCAUUUACUUACCUUGCUUGCGCAGGAGUUUUCAUGCAACUCCUGACUUAAUCAGAGUUUGUAUACACGUGUUUCGUUUGGGUUGUUGGCUAUCCUGGACAGUUAUUGUUUUGUCCGUUUGUUUAUAGUAUGGCUGUGCGUGGAUUUGUGUAUGGUUAUUAGUGCAUUUAACUUUUGAAGUGAUGCAUUAAGUUUUUGUAUGUGUGCCUCCGAACAUUAACGUCCGUUUGGAAGCAGGAUGGCAGAUACAGAUCGUUACGGGAAAGUGAGAAUGUCAGUGGACCAGUCACAAAGUUUAGAUUCAAUCGCUACCAAACGUAGAAGUAGUUCCCGUUCGAUAAAACGACGUCGGUUUGAUGAUGAGCUUGUGGAAUCCAGUCUUGGGACUGCGGGUUCCUUGGGAAAAGUGGCAAGAGCUCGAGCCCAGUCAAUAUCCAGCCCCGGAUUAGACUACUGCAUGAAGGAUGUAGAAAUAGGCACCCCUGGCAUACAGAAGCAACUGAAAGAGUUUAAAACAAAGGCAAUGAGUUCUGCUGCGACUACUCCAGCCAGUACUGUCACUCCUUCCUCGACUGUGUCCGUGCCACCUGAAAAUCGGCAGAGGCGCACGGGCGGUUCGGCCAGUGGACGCACAGGGGGCUCAGCUGGUAGUCGUCGCAAUAAGAGGCCGCGCCAUUCCCAUUCAGUCGCCACGAAGGAUCUCGGUCGUUGGAAGCCCACUGAUGAUCUAGCUCUGAUUACCAAUGUUCAGCUGACCAGUGAUUUGCGAACAGUGCACCGAGCUACUAAAUUCUCGUGCCGCUUCACUGUGCAAGAAAUCCAGCAGCGCUGGUACGCCUUGCUGUAUGACCAAGCUGUCUCACGUGUCGCCGUGGCUGCCAUGCGAAAUCUCCACCCUGAAAUCGUAGCAGCUGUUCGCAGCCGUGCUCUUUUUAGCAAGGCUGAAGAGCAGUUGCUGCAGACCAUUAAAUCGGCUUCAAAUCCCACAAUUGACGUAUUUCAAGAAUUGCUGGAACAAAAUGCCCAAGUAUUUUAUCCAGCACGGACAGCAAAGUCACUUUACAAUCACUGGAACUUGAUGAAGCAGUACCAUCUCCUACCUGAUCAGACUGUUCAAGCUGUUCCAAGGGGUGAGCAUGUGUUAAACUUCUCAGAUGCUGAAGAUCUGAUACAAGAUGGUGAUCUGGGAGAUCCUCCAGAUGAGGCAGUCGAAUUUGAAUUAGCGAGGUCUGAUAGGUUGAUUAAGAAAGAAAUCCGUUCUCUGGAGAAUGAGAUGGGAAACUGGCAAGUUCUCGUAGACUCGGUAACUGGUAUUAGUCCUCCUGAUUUUGACAAUCAAACCUUAGCUGUUUUGCGUGGACGGCUUGUAAGAUAUCUAAUGAGAUCUCGAGAAAUUACAAUGGGUCGAACAACGAAAGACAGCAGUGUGGACGUAGAUCUUUCGUUGGAGGGCCCAGCGUGGAAGAUAUCUCGACGACAGGGUACCAUUAGGUUACGGAACAAUGGAGAUUUUUUCCUGUCUAGUGAGGGGAAAAGGCCGAUAUACGUUGAUGGCAGACCGAUACUUGCAGGCAAUAAGUAUCGACUGAACAACAAUUCUGUUAUUGAAAUUGCGGGUCUUCGCUUCAUCUUCCUUGUUAACCAGGAGCUGAUCAACGUGAUUCGCCAUGAAGCAGCUAGACUCAAUCUCCAGCCAUAAUAUAUCCUCUUUUUGUGGCAAUUUGUGUGUGUGUGUGUGUGUGUGUGUGUGUGUGUGUGUGUGUGUGUGUGUGUGUGUGAGAGAGAGAGAGAGAGAGAGAGAGAGAGAGAGAGAGAGAGAGAGAGAGAGAGAGCAAUUAUUGUAUUUUAAAAGCUUAAGAGCAGACUUUCAUAAGCUAUAUAGAAUUUACUACUCAGACAGUGGUAUUGAAAACUCAGGUCUCAAAUGCUAAUUUAAUGCCCAUGUACAAGUAUUAUUCUUAAUUUAGUUAUUGUACAAAUUUUCUUCUCAAAAAAUCAUUUAAUGUUAUAUAUCUCAUGGAGGGGAAUACAAAUGUAGACAAUACUUUUUCUGGUGAAAGGUGGCAUUUUUCUUACCUUUGCCAGUACAAGACUAAAAACUGUGAGAGAUUUUAUUUUCUGUUUGUUGUCUUAAUACAGCAUUUUGAGUGUUUACAAUUUAAUUUAGUAGUUACACUGAAUAUGUGAUUUUUCAUUGCUCAUGUUCUGUUUUUGAAACACAAUAGUUCAUCUCAAUAAAUUGAUUAUUGGUCAA